AUGGCAGGCUGGGGGGGCUUCUUCUUUUCUCUCCUCAACUACAAGACAGAGAAAUAUGUCAUCGCCGAAAACCGGAGGAUCGGAAUAUUAUUUCGACUCUAUCAGCUGGCCGUGCUGGGAUACAUAAUCGGGUGGGUGUUUGUGAUGAAGAAAGGUUAUCAGGAGAGAGAAGAGGCCAUCCAGUCCUCAGUCAUCACCAAGGUUAAAGGUGUUACACUUACCAACAGCUCAGGCCUUCACCUGUGGAGCGCUGAGGAUUACGUCAUACCCCCAAGCGGUGAGCAGGUGUUCUUCAUAGUAACUAAUUACAUAGAGACCCCCAAUCAGAGGCUCGGGUUUUGUGCUGAGAGUUUCAAGGUGCCAAAUGGACGAUGUCAGAGUGAUGAUGACUGCAUGGAGGGGGAGCCUGUAAUCGCUGGCCAUGGAAUCAAGACUGGCUUGUGUUUAAACAGCACUGGGACCUGUGAGAUUCACGCCUGGUGUCCUGUCGAAUACAGCAAGAGACCCGCAGAGCCCUUACUGAGUGAAGCUGAAAACUUCACCAUCUACAUCAAGAAUUUCAUCCGGUUUCCAAAGUUUGAGUUCUCCAAGUCCAACGUCCUUGAAACCUCUGACGACAGCUACCUGAAAAGAUGCUCCUACGACCGAGAGAACAAUCCGUACUGCCCCAUCUUCCGCCUCGGGGAGGUGGUUAGCUGGACUGGACAUGACUUCCAGGACAUGGCUGUUAAGGGCGGGUCUGUUGGUAUUCUUAUUGAGUGGAACUGUGACCUGGAUAAGGACUCUUCACAGUGUAAUCCACAGUACAGCUUUACCCGUUUGGAUAUGAACUUGAACAACUCGGUCACAUCAGGAUAUAACUUCAGAUACACCAGGUAUUACAAGGAUCAAAAUGGUGAAACCUAUCGCACCUUGUAUAAAGUGUAUGGGAUUCGCUUCGAUAUAAUGAUCAAUGGCCAGGCUGGAAAAUUCAAUAUUAUUCCCACAAUAAUUGCCAUUGGUUCUGGUGUUGCUCUGCUGGGUUUAGGAGCCUUUGUAUGUGAUAUGAUACUACUGUACAUGAUGAACACAAGCUCCUUCUACCGAGAGAAGAAGUUUGAAAUCAUCAACUUCAAGAAGGACCGGACCAAACCCAAGGACAUGAAGGCAGGGCAGAAGGAAAGGAGAUCCAGGAAACCGGCUGCAGAGAAAGGGGCCGCCAACUCAUCUAAAACUGCAGAGGAAACUAAACCCACCACAGGAUCUUCUGCCACUGCAGAGAGCCAGCUGCCUGUGGACAGUCGGGGUCCCACCAUUCCACGCAACACAGGACAGCGAUACUCUGCCCUUAUCUCUCCCCAGGGUGCAGAGCCAAGGCAUCAUAUCACUUUCUCUUCACACAAUUAAGUUUGCGGGCAGAGCAAGAAAAAUCACCUGCAGUGGUCCAGGUUAUGUUGCAAGAGGUGGAACCAAAAGCCAGACUUAUGUUCACCUCUCACCUCCUGGCACGACUGCUGGCAUGCCACUAGCCUGAAUGAUUCUUGCCCUGAUUCAAGAUAUGUUGGUUCAGAGAAAUGUUAAUGUUUCGCACUGUGCAAGUGGGCCAAGACACUGCUGUACAAGUACACAGAAAGGUGGUUUUCAGUGGCUGGGUCAGGAUCCAAAGGUGGGAUGUGGUCAGAUUACAACAGGUCCAUAAAUAAUGAUACACUAAAGUACUGAUAAUGCUGAAGCAAUUAGCAGGGUGAUACAAAAUGAUUCAUCUAAGACUUUCAGUGAAUAACCAAAUGUUUGCAAUUAUUGUCAUAAAAUCUGUGCAUCUAUCAGGCAUUUUGGCUGUUGAUCAGACUAAUUAAGCAUCAUUUCCAGUUCGAGUAAUAUAUGAUUGGCCCCAGUUUUUAUUUUUGACAUUUUAUGGUAUAAAUUGUGAAAAUCAAAGCAAAAAUUCUAGACAUGAUAGAUUAAUUUAAAAUGAAAACUGCAAGCCUUCAUAGUAUUCCAAUAAAGAAAAGGAAAUCAUUUCUCAAUAUCUCAAUUUGUAAAAAUACAAAGACAAAAUGUUUAAAAGAAAAAAAAACAACCUUGGACACAAUAUGCAAGAAAUGUAUGAAUGGUCUUAAAUGUUGGUAUUUCAGUCAGAUGCAUCAUGUACCUGUGUUGACGGGCAUUUGCGUGUAGUUUAACACUGCUGUAUGGUGAGCUGGCUCUGCUGGUUGUAACAUUGAUAUUGGCCACAAUGGCUACAAAACAAUCUUGUUCACAACAUAAUGUGUUUGUGAAGCUGUGGACCGCAGUCCUGAUGUGCUAUGAGUUUACUGUGAAUGGACAAGUUCACUGGUGAUGUACUGGCUGAUAAUGAAUGGCGCAAGAUGUUGAAGUGCAUGAUAUUUCCUCCCACCUGUUUGUUCUUCCUGUUUCUAUUUAUUGAAUAGUCUUUAUUGUUGAAAGCAAAUGUACUUGUGUUGAUUUCAUGAUGUCAACAUAUGACUCUGCCUGAA